CUCGCCCUUCACACUCAUGGCGUUGUCGCUGCUCCCGCCCCUUCUGCUGCUUCUGGCCUCGGCGGUGCCUGCACCAGGAGGUUUUCCCAGGCCCGUCAUGGCCCUGAGCUGCCCCGCCGACAUAUACGUCACACCAUUAAGUGAAUCGAAAACGAUUAAAACUGAAAUUGUGAUGGGAAGCUACGAGGACAUAUAUUUGUUUGUGAACCCCGAGCAAGGCUUUCGGGGUAUCAAUCUAGAGGAAGGAGAUUCUCAUCGCCAACUCGCAUGGUUCCCGCUGAGCGACUGCCUUCCUCAGGGGUCGUGGUGGUACUUCCUGUUGGAGGUGAAGAGGUAUAAGUUCUCAGAUGGGAAGGAGCAGUUUGAUUUUCAGCUAAGGAGUGGUAAUUGCCUUCUCAUGUGCAUCAAACCCGGCUCCUUUCCUAGCCCGCUGCACCUUCAUAUUGUGGCUCACGGCCCCUCGAGUUGGAAGUCUAGCCAUCCUUCGCCUUGCCCCGCUGACCAGGUACCAGGAGGACCUCCACGGGGCUACGACCAAGAGUUCACCUGCAAGGAGCUUCCAAAUACGAAGACUGCUACAACCCCUACCACCACCACCACCACCACCACUACCACCACUCCUCCCACCACCACCACUACCACCACUCCUCCCACUACCACCACCACCACCACUACCACCACUCCUCCCACCACCACCACUACCACCACUCCUCCCACUACCACCACCACCACCACCACCACUACCACAACUCCUACCACCACCACCACCACUACCACUACCCCUACCACCACCACCACUACCCCUAAGCCUGCAGCCACCCCCCCCGCCACAGCCCCUCCCGAUACAACGCAGAACACAGCAAUUUCGCUAUAUACGGAGGUGGUGAUAAUCGUGGUGUUGGUGGCGGCAGUGUUGGUGAUGACGCCAUUGUUGAUAGUGGUGGUGGUGAAGCGUUUCCAGCAGCGAAGGAACACUAUGGAAGAGUCCAUUUACCACAACAACGUGGUGGACCCACCCCGACCCAUCGUCCCGCCACGUCAGCGAGCGGACGCUUCCCAGGGCAUGAGGACCGAGGCUGAGAACGAGGACAACAUAUAUGAUGAGAUUGAGGACUUUGCGCAGCGCUGGGCCGUCGCGGCGGGACCUACAAGGGCGGGAAUGAGACAAAACGAUGGCUACUUGAGGAUGAGCGGGUCUCUGUACGACGAUGAAGUGGAUGAUGAUGGGUACCUAACCCCGAGGCCGGCUCCCCGAUAAAAACCCAAAUGGGAAGAGAUUUUAGACUUCGAGGCCGCGCUGGGCCGUCGUGGCGGAACCUACAAGAGCGUGAAUGAUUAAGCAUGUAGUGUAUGCUGAUGGUGGGCCUCUAACCCCGAGGCCCGCUCCCUAGGAACUCCCAAGAUUGCAGACUUCGCGCCGUGCUGGGCCGUAGUGGUGUGACCUACUGACCUACGAAGGGAGGAUACGCCUACCUGAGCUUGACCUUCCUUCGAUGAUGAAUAUAGUGUAUGAUGGUGCGUAUACGCAACCCCGAGGCCCGCUCCCUGAGAACACAAAGGGGGGGGCGGUGUUGAAGGUGUAGGCAUGAUUAUAACUUUUUGUAAACGUUUCUUUCGUCGCUCGGUCGCCAUAUAUAGCUGCCUGUCUCAUACAUCCUGUGCUGAUGAUGUUGACGAUGGUGACCAGAACGGAAAUGAUGAGGAGGAGGAGGACGAUGACAAUGACCAUGAUGAAAAUAAGGGUGAUGAUAAGGAGGAUUAGAUGGAAAACGAUGACGAUGAUAAUGAUAUGAUAAUGAAGACGAGUAGGAAAAAUUCACCUAUAAACUUUAACCAUAACCUUAGCAGUACUUACUUAGAACAGCCGGAAAAGAAAGACAAACAAAUAAAUAAAUGAAUAAAUAAACAAAUAAACAUACAGCCAUUUAUUUAUACCUACAUAAGGAUGAGGAUCUGAAUCUAUUUACUCAGCCCACUUUAGGAUCCAACACCACGACAACUGCCCGCGUAUAAGAUUGAUGAAUCGAUGUGUAGUCAAUCUCUAUUUACCUCCUGUCUCCGUUAUUCUAUUUCUGUCCCUUUUUCUCUACCUGUUUCGUUUUCCUAGUCUUCUGCUUCCUUCUAUUCCUCUGUCCUAGAUGAAGAAGAAGAAAAGGAGGAGAAAGAGAAGAAGGAAAGUAACGGAGGCCGGAGGUGGAUGUCCGGCAUAUAUCCAGCUUGAACACACACACACACACUCACACACACAACUCGCCCUCAGCACUCAUGGCGCCGUCGCCGCUCCCGCCAGUUCUGCUGCUUCUGGCCUCGGCGGUGCCUGCGCCAGGAGGUUCCCCCAGGCCCGUCAUGGCCCUGAGCUGCCCUGCCAACAUAUCCAUCACACCAUCAGAGGAACCCAAGACCAUUAAGACUCAAUAUAUGUGGGAUAACUACGGUAACAUAAGUUUGUUCGUGUACCCCAAGAGAGGGUUUCGAGGAGUCAGUCUACAGGAAGGUUCUCUUAAUCGUCACCUCGCAAGGCUCCCGCUGAGUGACUGCCUUCCUCAGGGGUCGUGGUGGAGGUUCCUGGUGGUGGUGAACGGUCGCGAGAACAACGACGAGAAUGAUUUUCUAUUUUUCCAGCUAAGGAGUGGCACAUGCCGUCUCAGUUGCUUCAAAAAAGGACGCAUUCCUCGCCCGCUGGUACUUCAUGUUGUGGCUCACGGCCCCUCGAGCUGGAGGUUUACCCAUCCUCUCUCUUGCCCCGCUGACGAGGUACCAAACGGGGCUCUACGGGGGUACGACGACUGCAAUGCGAUACCAUCAACGAAGUCUACAACCACCACCACCACUACCACCACAACGACCACCACUACCACUCCUACCACCACCACCACUACCCCGAAGCCUGCAGCCACAUACCCUGUCCCAGCCGCGGCCGUUUACACAAAUCCUGCCGUGCACUCAGCCCCACCCGAUGCAACACAGGGCACAGCAACUUGGCUAUAUAUGGGAGUGGUGGUGAUCCUCGUGGUGUUGGUGGUGGUGAUGGUGGUGGUGGUGGUGUGUGUGGUGAAGCGUUUCCGGCAGCGACGAGACACUAUGGAAGAGCCCAUUUACCACAACAACGUGGUGGACCCUCCCCGACCCAUCGUCCCGCCAUGUCAGCGAGCGGACGCCUCCCAGGGCAUGAGGACCGAGGUUGAGGACGAGGAUAACAUAUAUGAAGAGAUUAUGGACUUCGUGCCACGCUGGGCCGUUGUGGCGGGAGCUGCAAGAGUGGGGAGGAUACAAAACGCAGGGCAAAACGAUGGCUACUUGAGGAUGAGCGGGUCUUUGUACGACGAUGAAGUGAACGAUGAUGGGUACCUAACCCCGAGGCCGGCUCCAUAUAAGAACUCAAAUGGGCCGUCGCGAUAUUGACAUUUGGUUGCAAACUUUAACUACAACAUCAGCAGUACUUAUUUAGAACAGCCGGAAAAGAAAGACAAAUAAAUAAAUAAGUGAAUAAAUAAAUGAAUA